GGCGGCGGCGCUGGCGCUAACGGCAGGGCCGGGCCGGGAGCGCGGCGGAGCAGCAGCCUCACCGCUUCACCCCCGGGACGCGUGUCCGUGCGGCCGGGAGCGGGAAGGCGGCGGAGCAGCAGCCUCACCGCUUCACCCCCGGGACGCGUGUCCGUGCGGCGGCGCUGAGCCCGGGCUGCGCAGUCGCUGCUGAGUCCCCGCUCGCCUUCGGUAUGGUUUAGACGCGCUCUCCGGGCGAGCCGGGGGAGCUGCGCCCAGCUCUGCCGCGCUUUGACGCUUUCUUGGGGUUCUUUUUCCUGCUGGCGUGUUGGCUCUGGCAAACUGUUCUUAAAUCUCUGCUCAAACUCUGCUCUUACGGCGUCCUGGCUUAUGUCAGCAGCAGUGUGGCCAGCAGGACCGGGACAGUGACAGACCCCUGUUCGCGGCACUGGUGAGGCCGCGCCGCCAGUGCUGGGCCCCUCGGUUCAGGAAGGACAUUGAGGGGCUGGAGCGAGUUCAGAGAAGGGCAACGGAGCUGAGGAAGCUCCUCACAAGUCCUGUCUACUUGUUUAUUCUGAGCCUUUGGAAAAUCAUUGUGUCAUUUAGAAAAGAUACCCUGGAUUUUCUGAUACUGCUGGAAUACUGAGGGCUUGUGGUUUACAGUAGAGUCAAAAUGAGGCGAAGCUCAAGUAUUGCUGGAAGCAGCAGUCGACAAUCUAUGAUGGCACUGAGAGUGCAGGACAGCAACAAGAUGGGCCUUCAAACACCUCAGAUGAAGGACAGAAGCACCUUUCGGAAGCUGAGCACAAGCAAACCUACAUCUGGAGCUUCAGAAAGAAAAGUCAGCUGUUUUGGCAACAGAAUAAGUGGUGCUGGAGGGUCACGCAACAGUCAGUACGGUGUGUUUGGGACAGAAAAGAUAAAGGAUCCCAGGCCCCUUCAUGACAAGGCAUUCAUCCAACAAUGUAUCAAAAAGCUUUGUGAGUUCCUCAGUGAGAAUGCUUAUGUCCACAAUGUUUCCAUGAAAUCGCUACAAUCUCCAUCUGUUAAGGACUUUUUAAAGAUCUUCACCUUUAUCUAUAAAUUCCUCUGCCCUUCUUAUGAGCUGCCUGACUCAAAAUUUGAAGAGGAAAUUCCCAAAGUUUUUAAAGACCUUGGGUACCCCUUUGCUCUGUCAAAAAGCUCCAUGUACACUGUGGGAGCACCACACACCUGGCCUCAGAUAGUGGCAGCUUUGGUUUGGCUAAUUGAUUGUGUCAAGCUGUACAAUGCCAUCAGGGAAAAUGCACCAUCAUUCGAUGACAGACAGAGCUGGGGAGGAGAGACAGAUGAUGGAAUUGUACAUAAUAAGCUUUUCAUGGACUACUGUGUGAAGUGCUAUGAUCUUUUCAUGAAAGGGAGAGAUACCUUUGAAGAGUUGGAUGCUGAAGUGCAGUCAAAAUUAAAGGAUUUAUUUAAUAUAGAUCCAUUCCAGAUUGAAAGCUUAGCAGCUGAAAACAAAAGACUUCAAGAAGAGAUUGCAAGACUAGAAAAAGAAAAGGAAAGUGAGCCGGAUCGUAGAGUGACGCUACGAAAUGUGAAAUCAUCUCUUCAAGCAGAUGUCCAGAAAUACCAGGCUUAUUUGACUAAUCUGGAAUCUCAUGUAGCCAUCCUUGAUCAAAAGUUGGAAAGUGUUCAUGAUGAAGUUGAGACAGCAGAAAUGGAAGUAGAAGCCAUGAAGCAGGAGAAUGCCCGGCUCCAGCACAUCUUAGAUAACCAAAAGUACUCAGCUGCGGACAUUGAAAGAGUAAAUCAUGAGAGAAAUGAGCUGCAAGAAACCAUUAACAAGCUGACUAAGGAACUGGAAGCAGAGCAACAUCAGCUGUGGAAUGAAGAGUUAAAAUAUGCUAGGAAUAAAGAGGCGAUUGAAAUGCAAUUGGCAGAGUAUCAUAAACUGGCUCGAAAGCUGAAAUUAAUUCCAGCAAGUGUUGAGAAUUCCAAAGGCUGCAACUUUGAGAUUCAGUUUAAUCCUGAGGAAGGACCAAAUUGCCUAGCCAAAUACAGAGCUGAGAUCAAGGCGCCCCUUGUGAGGAUCAUCAAUGAGACUGAGGAAGAAAUUAGUAAAGCUACUGAAUGGAAAAUUACUUUGAAAGAAUCUUUGGAUCAGGUGAACGUAAUGCUAGAGGACAAGAAACGCAGUGUGAAAAUGCUGACAGAAGAAGCUGAAAAGCUGGAUGAUCUCUACCAGCAGAAGCUUAAGGAGAUAGAAGAGGAAGAGCAAAAAUGUGCAAAUGAACUGGAAUCGUUAAAGAAGCAUAAACAGUUACUUGAGAGUGGUGUCUAUGAUGGUCUCAGUGAAGCCACAAAUGAAUUGCAUGAUCUCCAAAGACAAUAUCAAGUUGUUUUGCAAACAACAACAGAAGAGAAGAGAAGAAUUGGUGCUAACUUGAGUCGUCUUAUAGAAACAGUUGCUACUCAUAUAGCAUCUAUAGUGAAAUAUCUUGAUGAACAGAACGUGAAAAUUUACAGAGAGGAUGAAGAAUUCAUGCCUGAAGAUCUAUUGUCAGACUUGACCAGCAUCCUAGACAGUUAUAAAAAGAAGGCUGAAGGUCUCUAAUCACUAGAAAGAUGAAGAUAAAAA